UAACAAAUGAAUAAAUUUAUUGCACUGACCGUACUCUUGCUCUCAAGUGUUUUGGUGGCAGCUGGACCAUUGACUAUUGAUGUUGGAGGAGGAGCUCUAUUCAGACUCCAAGAUGAAGUCUUAGAUGCUUUCAAUAGAAAAGUUCGCUUUGAGAUGACCCUAAACUCCAAUCUUCAUCUCCUUGAGACAGCCACUGCUAUAUGCUUUGACUCUGAUGAUACCUUCAGCAUAUCUGAUGGAGCACCUGGAUGGGGAAUGAGUUUCCUCUGUACUGUUUCUGAAUGUAGCACGAAUGCUCACUUGCAUACUCUCUUGUUCGGAUCCCAUUAUCAGGAAGGACAUUGGGUUGGAGGUGGAGUUGAUGCCUCUUUUACUUGGAAUGGUGGACUUGAACCAAAUGACGGAAUAUUCCCAGUGGCUCAAUUCUACAUGGGAAUAAGCUUAGCCGCUUCUAUUAACCUUCCAGAUCUUGAAGCUGCUGUAGAUACUUAUUACAAAUGCUUCACCAAUUUCGAUGGGUCAUAUGUUGAGGAUAAUCUUUUGGUAGAUAUUAACCUGGAUAGUGACUGGCAAGAGCACAAUGUCACAGUUGCAGCUACUCCUUCUCUUCCAUAAAGUGAUGAAGAUCCAGAAGCUUAAGCAAAUAGCUUGGUUUGGAGUUAAAACCUAUACCAUAAUUCUUCAUAAAAAC